AAUCACGUGAUGCGCUAUACAACAAGCCCGAGAGAGUACCUCGUAGGAAAUUAAAGUGUACGUGGUUUAGUUGUGGGACAGUUGCUAGACAUCCUCUGUCGUCGACGCAUUAACGUUAGGAAGUUGCCUCUUAAAGAACGAACGAGUUUAUAAUAAAACGUAUAUUAGACGAAGUUUAUAACAAAUUUAUUAUAAAUCUGCGGAUGUGUUCCAUUUGGAGGCAUUAUCUACAACAACCAAGAAAAACCAACACGUUUUUGCGUCAACGGUUGCCGAAGGAAACAUUAUUCCCAAUCUAAUUUUGUGACACUAAGGUUCGAGUAAACAAAUUUCUACUGCCAUGGAGAAAGCAAAGGAGGAGACAAUAAAUAUGCAAUUAAUCGACUCUCAAAGUCCAUACAAAGUUAACAACGAGUUAGCAAGUAGUGGUCUAAGUACACCGGAUGCUCCUAUGUCACCGACUACACAUUCCGAGGAAUCCUAUGACCCUCAUAAACAUCGCAAUGUACCUAAUCCAACCUCAAAUGCCGAAACAUUGAUACACUUGUUAAAGGGCAGUUUGGGUACCGGUAUUCUUGCGAUGCCAAACGCAUUUUGUAAUAGUGGCCUUGUGACCGGUGUAAUAGCAACCGUCAUUAUAGGAGCUUUAUGUACAUACUGCUUACACGUACUUGUCAGGGCGCAAUACAAAUUAUGUAAACGGUUAAGAGUUCCUAUACUCAGUUAUCCAAUGAGUAUGAAGUGUGCUCUCGAGCAAGGUCCUCGAUGUGUUAAAUGGUUCUCACCGUAUGCACCAGGACUAGUAGAUGGGUUUAUGAUAGCAUAUCAAUUGGGAAUUUGCUGUGUUUACAUAGUAUUUGUAGCCAAAAAUAUAAAGCAGGUGGCAGACCAGUACUGGGAACCAUUGGAUAUACAAAUUCAUAUGUUCAUUUUGUUGCUUCCGCUAAUAUUGAUAAACUACAUUAGAAAUCUGAAACUAUUGGCACCAUUUUCUACGCUAGCUAAUAUUAUCACUUUCAUCGGAUUGGGAAUGAUAAUAGUUUACAUGUUCGAAGAUAUACCAUCGAUUAGUGAUAGACAAAUGUUUGGUACUGUGAGAAAUUUUGCUUUAUAUUUUGGAACGACGUUAUUCGCUUUGGAAGCAGUAGGUGUGAUAAUAGCAUUGGAAAAUAAUAUGAAGACGCCACAAUAUUUUGGUGGAUAUUGUGGUGUUCUUAACAUUGGUAUGACUGUGAUCGUUACUCUUUACAUUCUUAUGGGUUUCUUUGGUUAUUUAAAAUAUGGAUCUGAUGCUGGUGGAAGUGUUACGUUUAAUUUACCGGAAGAUCAAGUGAUGGCACAAUCUAUCAAGAUCAUGUUUGCAAUAGCAAUUUUUAUAACGUACGCGUUACAAGGAUACGUACCUGUUGAUAUUAUCUGGAACACUUAUCUUAAUCAACGUAUACAAAAUCGUAAGAUAUUAUGGGAAUAUGUUUGCAGAACUCUCGUUACAUUAGCUACGUUUACGUUGGCGAUUACAGUACCAAGAUUGGGCCUUUUCAUAUCUUUAUUCGGAGCACUGUGUUUAUCCGCCCUUGGAAUAGCAUUUCCAGCCAUAAUUGAAAUAUGUGCUCUAUGGCCAAACGAAUUAGGCCCAUACAAGAUAUUUUUAAUAAAAGAUCUCGCUUUGAUAUUGUUCGGUUUGAUAGGUCUAGUUGUUGGAACUUAUGUCAGUGUAGUUGACAUUAUACUUUCGUUUAGUCCUGAUGCUGGACCACAGGUCGAUUAAAAUUAGUCAUUUUGAAAUUUGUUGGAAAAAAAACGAAUACAAAAAAACUGAAAGAAAAUUGAAAGAAAAAACGAAACCAAAGGAAAGACAGAGAAACAAAAAAGAAACCAAACAAAAUGAUGAACAAAACAUAACAGGCACACAGUGUAAAGCUUUUUUUCUUAUUUUUUUUUUUUUUUUAAUAAUUUAGAUCACAAAAAAUUGACGUGCCCUCGUAGGUGUUAUUUUAAACAAGAAAAACAAAACAAAAUUAAAAAAAAGAAAUAUAUAUAUAUAUAAAAUGCCGUACCUUAUUAUAAAUAAUUAUGACCAGAGAGAAAGAGAAAGAGAAAGAGAGAAAGAGAUAUUUAGAAUCUCGGAGCAUUCAGGAAAUGCUUCAUUGUAUCACCGCCAUUAGUUUACUUAGACUGUUAUAAAAAAA